AAGCAAUUUGAUAGAUACAUUUCUUAGUAAAGAAGUCAAUCCAUCAUCCCAAGCAAUUUGAUAGUACCCAAAAUUCCACCAUUUUAAAUUCUUCAUCUUAUUUUUUACAGGUCCUAUAUUCGAUUCCCAAAAAAGCGAUCAUGAAACUGAAUCACAUAGCAGUGCCAUUGCUAUUUCUUCUUCUUGCUGCCUUCGAUUUGGGGUUUUCCAUUGAAGACCCAUUUAUCAGGAUGAAACUGGGAGGCGUUCGUGAUUACAUCGGCUCACAGAACCGCGUUGAAAUCGAAUCUCUCGCUCGUUUUGCAGUUCAAGAACACAACAACAAAGAGAAUGGUCUUUUGGAAUUUGACCGAGUGUUGAAAGCUAAAGAACAGGUAGUUGCUGGUAAAUUGUAUCAUCUUACAUUGGAAGCCAUUGAUGGUGGCAAGAAGAAGGUUUAUGAAGCCAAAGUGUGGGUGAAGCCUUGGAUGAACUUCAAACAGUUGCAGGAAUUCAAGCUAUGCACAUGAUUCAUCUUCAGCUUGAAACUCUGCAUUGGGAAUCGUUUUGAUGUGCCUUCUUUAUGGAACUCUGCAACACUCGAGCUUCUUAAAGUAAUGGUUCUGAUAGAAAACACAGUGUUUCCCUUAUUUUCUCCUGCCACAUAAUUUGCUCCAGUUUUAGCACUAGCAACAGCUUGAGCAGGGUAUUUCCCGUCGGAAAACUCACUCAAAUUUGCGUCCCCUCUAAUUAUUUCCCUGUUUUCGACUAAUUGCGCUACCUCCAUCAUUUUGGUAAGCCCUUUCGGAGGGCAGAAGGCUACUUCUGCUUUGAUCAAGGGAAAAAGUCCGUUCAUAAACGUUUCUUCCACUACUCUUUCCUGAAGAUCUGAUAGUGGAGCUACUAAUUUGUCAAACAAAUUUAUAUACUCUUCUACUGUUGUUUCUUGUUUAAUCUACUAAAAUCUACCGCAAAUCGAUCAUUCUCUAGUAGAUCUGAAUCGAACUAACAUUCUUUCUUUUAAAUUUGACCAACUAACAAAUUUAUCUUUUUCCUCUUGUGAUCGAUACCAGUUGAAGGCUG